AUGACAUUGACAUACAAAAUUAAUAGACAUUACGUGCAAUAUCCCAGAACAGAGAACUGGUGGCUAAUGUCAGGACCUGGUCCCCUGAUCACUAUCCUCAUCUCUUACCUGUACUUCUGUACUUCUGUCGGCCCUCGUUACAUGAGGGACAGAAAGCCAUACUCCUUGAAGAACACCAUUAUUUUAUACAACAUUAUACAAAUCCUGUUCAGCAUAUUUCUGGUACAUGAGGGCUUAGUUUCCGGCUGGUGGAAUGAUUACAACUACUCCUGUCAACCGGUCGAUUACUCAGAUGACCCUAAAGCUCGACGAAUGGCAGCAGCGGUCUGGUGGUACUUCUUUGCGAAGAUUGUCGAACUGAUGGAUACGAUCUUCUUUGUCCUAAGGAAGAAGAACAGGCAGAUUUCAUUCUUACAUCUCUAUCAUCACACGAUGAUGCCUGUUUGCGCGUGGAUCGGCGUUAAAUUCUUACCAGGUGGUCACGGAACUCUCCUCGGAGUUAUCAAUUCUUUCAUCCACAUCAUCAUGUACACGUACUACUUGAUCUCCGGCCUCGGUCCUCAGUACCAGAAAUAUAUCUGGUGGAAGAAACACCUCACAACUAUGCAGUUGAUUCAAUUCGUGAUUGUAUUCUACCAUAACUUCAAAGUCAUGUUCUGUGAAUGCAAUUACCCGAAAGGGAUUAACUUCUUGUUGGCUCUCAACGCCGGCCUGUUUCUCUAUAUGUUUGGAAACUUUUACUACAGAAGCUACGUUAAGACGGACACACAAGAAAAUUAUAUAGAAAAAUUGAAUACGAAUGGCAUAGUUGCAAAUGGCAAGACAAAGGAAUGCUAGCGUGAUGUGCUUGGCGUGCUCAAAUAAUUGAAUUUUUAUUGUGAUUUUAAAGUACAUUUUAAGUAACUAUAAUUAAGGUGACUGUUGUGAACUGUGUAGAUAAUGUUUAUUUACGAUUUUAUCAUAAAAUUUUCGACACGUUAACUUGUAAUUGUUAAAUUUGAUUUACAAUUAAACAUUUACGCUAUUUACUGUCAUAAAAUCGAUUUUAAAAUUGUGGUAACUUUGUAAGCAAGCAUUUUUUUUAACAUCAUGCAUUUACAAGAGAAAUUUUACAACAUGAUCAUACACUAAGACAGUCUUUCGUCUUAGUUCGUAUUUAUUUUAAAGGUGUUUUAAUUUAACUUUAAAAAAUUUUGGAUAGAUUUUUUUUUUUGUAUUCGAAGUGCUAAAGUUGCGAUCAAUGGAUGUUUAAAUUUCAAUGGAUUCACAAUAGUUAUCUCAAGAUGUUAAUAGUUUUAAGUUUCUACUACGUGAUAAGUACUUCAUAAAUGAAACUCGAUACGAUUAGAAUUACAAUCAAAUAGUAUGUA